AAAUACAAUGACUUUCUAGUUUAGUCUACUCAAAUUAAUUAGACCAAAAGCAAAACUAAUAGACCGUGAGGUUUAAAAUUUUCAAUUUUCACGAAGUUGAUAGAAAUCCAUUUAUUUCACAUUAAUAUACAUAGAAGAAAACUCUAGAAAAUGAUCUCUCACCUCAAAAUUAAAACAAUCUCCCCGUCUAACCCCUACUCUUCUCCCCCCAAAUAAAGAAAAAUAAAUCAAAUUACCGUUAUAAGAAGAAACAACCCACUCUCUCUCCACCACCUCCCCUCUUCACUCUUCCCUAUCUAACUAUCUAUCCCUUCACUAUCCUACAAAACACCAACCAAGAAACCCACACCUUCAAUUAUGAUAGCAUAUCAUAUCAUAUCUCUUUCCUUUGAACCUUCCCACCUCUCAAAAAUGUAAAACCCAUCUCCAUAUUCCUCCCCCUUAUCACCCCCCCUUAUUCCUAAGAUCCAAAUCAUUACAUCAAAUGGGGAAGAAAUUAGACAAUUCUAGACUUAAUAAUUAUAGAUCAAAAACCCUCCCAUCUUCACCUACUCAUUCUUUAUCCUCGUCCUCAUCCUCAUCCUCAUCUGAAUUCGAGUUCCGUAACUCGAUUUCGCCUCGUAAGUCUUCCGCCGCUCUUUGCCCUGCCGAUGAGUUGUUUUACAAAGGUCAGCUGUUGCCUCUUCAUCUAUCACCUCGUAUUUCUAUGGUCCGUACCUUACUAUUAGCAUCUUCCUCAACCUCCUCUUCUUCCGAUACUACGACUACCGCCUCACGUGACUCUUCCUCGUCUAAUGACUCUACUUCCUCGUCUUUCGCUGCUGAUCUCUCUCUCCUCGCUGCUGGUGACCCUUGUUGCGACUCCUCUCGCCCUAGCUCUGUCACCGACGAUGACAGCAACAACAACAACAAAAGCUAUAUCAAUAAUAAUUGCCAGGAUUAUUAUCUGAAACCGCGUUCCAACAACAACAACAACAGUAGCAAUAGCAAUGUUAAGAAGUCGUCGUCAUCAUCGUCGUCGUCAUCUAAGUACUUUUCACUUUCGAGAUUCUCGAAUGUGUUUAAGAAAGAUCCACCUUCUACUAAAACAACGACAACAAUGGCGACAACGACAACAACGAUGACGACGACGAUCACAACUGAGGGAUCGUCGGUGAAGAAGGUAAGUUCUUCAGCUAAGGAGGUUAUAAGAAAAUACAUGAAAAAAGUGAAGCCUCUUUACGAUAAGCUCUCGUCUAAACAACAAUCAUCGCCAAUACCCGAUAAAAGGAGAGAUACUCUACCAUCGGAGACGACGGCGGCUUUGUUAGAAGAAACAAAGGAAACAGCGGAAGCAAGCGGCGGUGGCGGUGGAGGUGGUGGUGGUGUGGGAAAUGGGUUGACUCAGUCAUUUUCAGGGAACUUGAAAGUUCCUAGAAUGAUCCGUAAGAGUUGUGUGGCUAGUUGUCCGUCUUCGAUGCGGUCAUCUCCGAGUCACUCUGGGGUGCUGACUCGAACCGGGUUGCCGAUGCGAGCCGGGUUAGCGAGCUACGGAAGCGGGUCGUAUUCGUCGGAGACAUCAACAAUGGAGGAGCUGCAGAAUGCUAUACAAGGUGCAAUUGCUCAUUGUAAGAACUCCAUGGUUCAAAGUAGCAGUUCAAGCUUCAACGACAAUAAUAUUGGUAUUGUUGGAAAUGGCAAAGGCAAGGCUUUAAUGAUUUGAUUAUAACUAUUAAGCUGUAGGACUUAAUCAUCGUUACUCUUUAUGUUCGGAUUUAGUUGUCGCAUUAAUAGAUAAUUUCAAAUUAUACUAUUAUUGUGAUUCUUAAUUUUCGAACAGAAAGAGUAAUUUUAUUGUUUAAGAUAUUUAUUAGGUCUUGAUUGAGCUAGUACUAGUUAGUGGUUACGUGAUACCCCGAUGGUACCUCGUGUGUGUUUAUGUUCGAGUUUCGAUAUUGAGAUCCGAUUUGACUAUCUGACAAAUAAGUUACUUAAGUUUUUAGAUAUCAAAAAAAA